AUGCAGGUCGCCACCACACAGUGUUUCGACAGCGUCGUGGGCAUCGGCCGCGCGCACUUCGAGAAGCAGCCGCCCAGCAACCUGCGCAAGUCCAACUUCUUCCACUUCGUGAUCGCGCUGUACGACCGCGCGGGCCAGCCCGUCGAGAUCGAGCGCACCGCCUUCAUCGGGUUCAUCGAGAAGGACCAGGAGACGGAAGGCCAGAAGACAAACAACGGUAUCCAGUACAGGCUGCAGCUGCUCUACGCUAAUGGCGUGCGGCAGGAGCAGGACAUCUACGUGCGGCUCAUCGACUCCGUGACCAAACAGGCCAUUAUGUACGAGGGACAGGACAAGAACCCCGAGAUGUGCCGGGUGCUGCUUACGCACGAAGUCAUGUGCAGCCGGUGCUGCGAUAAGAAGAGCUGCGGCAACCGCAACGAAACGCCCUCUGACCCCGUCAUCAUCGACAGGUUCUUCCUGAAGUUUUUCCUCAAGUGCAAUCAGAACUGCCUGAAGAACGCCGGGAAUCCACGAGAUAUGCGGAGGUUCCAGGUGGUGAUCUCGACGCAGGUGGGCGUGGACGGCCCGCUGCUCGCCAUCUCGGACAACAUGUUCGUGCACAACAACUCCAAGCACGGCCGGCGCGCCAAGCGGCUCGACCCCGCCGAAGGCUUGUACCCUCCCCUUCCCGUAGCCACCCCCUGCAUCAAGGCCAUCAGUCCGAGUGAAGGCUGGACGUCCGGGGGCUCCACCGUCAUCAUCAUCGGCGACAACUUCUUCGACGGUCUGCAGGUCGUCUUCGGGACCAUGCUCGUAUGGAGCGAGCUGAUCACGUCGCACGCGAUCCGCGUGCAGACGCCCCCGCGACACAUACCGGGCGUCGUCGAGGUGACGCUGUCCUACAAGUCCAAGCAGUUCUGCAAGGGCGCGCCGGGACGCUUCGUCUACGUCUCGCUAAACGAGCCAACCAUCGACUAUGGCUUCCAACGCCUUCAGAAACUCAUCCCCAGGCACCCAGGAGACCCGGAGAAGCUGCCAAAGGAGAUAAUCCUGAAGCGCGCGGCCGACCUGGCGGAGGCGCUGUACAGCAUGCCGCGCAACAACCAGCUGGGGCUGUCUGCGCCGCGGUCGCCGCCCGCCGCCGCCAACGGCAUGCCCUCCGGCUUCAACACCUACACCGGCCAGCUCGCCGUCAGCGUCCAGGACGCGCCCUCCGCCGCCCAGUGGACGGAAGAGGAGUACGGCCGCGCGCAGAGCAGCAGCGUGUCGCCCCGGGGAGGCGGCUACGGCUCCAGCGCCUCCACGCCGCAUUCCUCCAACGGCGGGGGCGGCGGAGGCGGCGGCGGAGGCGGCUCGUACGGAAACUCGUCCGGGGGCGGCGCGGGGGCGGCGGGCAGCGCGGGCGGCGCGGGCAGUGGGGCGGCCGGGGGCGGCGCGGCCGCCAUCAACGGCGCCGCCUACGCCGCCUCCGCAGGCGGAGCCGCCCUCUCGUCCAUGGGGUCGCCCUCAUCCGCCAGCCUCUUCAACUCCUCGCCCAGAGUGGGAGGCCUGGCAUCUCCGUUCGCCACGAUGAACCCGUUCGGGCUGUCCACGUGCAACUCGCAGUCGUACAGCCCGCUGCUCAGCUCGACGGGCAAGUAGCACCCACAGCCGCACGCCGACCACUACGAGGGAGCCGCGGCCGCCUUCUAGCGGCCGCGCACAGUGCCCCGAGGGACACCCCCAGUGCGCCCGUGACUGCGCGCGUGUGCCCGUGUCCGCCGCCUCUCGUGUUCGAGUGCGACUCUGUCAAAGCCACGAACGACUCUUCAGCAACGAACGUACUUCAUUGUUCCAAGCCAUAUAGACCUUUUUUAUUUGUUCUGACCAAAGGAGUUCUAGUUCAUAGAAACAUUGACUGUUAAUAAAAAAAAAUGUGAUACGUUAUUUUACGGAAAAAUCAUGAAAAUAUGCAUAUCCUAUUUCCAGUGAUUGUAGUUCGCGGUAAAUUCACGAGAUCAGUUGGGUAAGAAGAGAGUAGAGAGUAUUUUUCAACUGUUUUUUCUGCACAACAUUUGAAGUAUUCGGAGAGAUCUUACCAAAAUUCCUGUACUGUUGUAUUUCAGUGACCAACGAGAAUCUGUUGAUUGAAGUAGGAAUGAAGAUAGAAACUUUACUUCAGAUUUCCUGUUGAACGAAAGACUUGUUUUAAUAGUGUCUACAGAAAAUGAUCAAAAUUGUAUAUUUUAUGUAUAUUUCGGUUUUUCGGCAAGGCCUAUGCUAACACAUAAAAUAAAUACAUAUCGCUUCCUGCUGGGAAUAUUACAUUGUUGAUAUAUUCAAAGGGACAAGAGAAAAUAUUAAGCUCGAGAAAUCUAAAGUACCAGAUAUAUGACCUUCCUCACAUAAUCUUACUAGUUUUGUACAAUUUGUGAAUAUUUCAAUUCUUGUAUGAAGGUUAAGAAAGAUAUGUAUACAAUUUAGUGACGGGCAUAUCAUUUUGCCAGUGCACUUAAUUAGCUGAGUGUGUCGCUCUCAGUAAUACUUCUUGUACAUAGUAUAAGUAUAGAUUGUAAGUACUGCAGGAACCUACAGUGACCAUACGUGUCUUUUUCGGGUAAAAAAUAAAAACAGUUUCAAACGCAGUUCUUCCACUUCGGGAAAACUGCAAGCUACAAACAUGUAUACGAUCUCAUUCUUUGUAAUAUAAACUUUUACAGCAUUCUGAAACAUCAGUAAAAAAGUAGUACGUUUAUAAAUUUUAAUCUGUGCAAAAAAUCUUUCGGAUGAAUCACUUCAAACUGUUUACCAGUGAACAAGAAGCCAAUGAUUUUGUAUACAACCGUUACAGGAUGCCACUCCUUGGCAGUCAAGUGUGUGCAUUAUUUUAUCUGAUGCUGUAAAUGUCUGUCUUAAGUACCACUGAUAUGAUUCAUUUGUUUAUGUGGCCUGUUCAGUAGGAAACAUUCCAUGGAGGAAUCAAGUUAAAAUCGUCUUCAAAAUACUGUUUUAAAGCUGUUACCGGUUCAUGUUCUAUAAUCAACAGAAGUUUAGAACAGAAAUAUGAAACGGCACUAAGGCGUAGACAGGUCAAUAGUAAUUUUAGUUUCUGUCUGUAAUUGCCGCUACAGAUCUUAGAUCUGUGUUCAAUACCAAAUAAGCGUAGCUUCUUAAUUUUAUUGGCGUAUUAAAAGACGGAUUUAAUUCAGUGUCGGAAGCAACUUAAGAAGAGUGGCAGAGCCUUCUCGUCAGUUGAAAUAUGUCUGCUAUCUGUAUUCACCACCGAAUCAAGAUAUUUUCUGUCAUUUGUUAUUUUAAUGUAUAAAAGGUUUGCCUUCUUUAAUUUCCUCCGCACCUAUUAUACCUCAAACAGAGCGUCAAAAUGUCGACAGAUGUGUGACAGCAACUUUGUUUCAAUCACUGUACAAUCUUAACUGUCUGUUGAACUAAUUAUUUAUGUGUUCCUUUGUGAUCCUCUAAAAUAUAUUUCUGAAUUUUAUUAAAA